AUGGCGGGCUCGUCUUCGGCGUCGGGCGCUGUCGACGUCGACCGGAUAAUCACCAAGCUGCUCGAGGUGCGCGGCGCGCGCCCUGGCAAGCAGGUGAACCUGCUCGAGUCAGAGAUCCGAGCACUCUGCACGACCGCCCGCGAGGUCUUUCUGAAGCAGCCGACGCUGCUCGAGCUGGAGGCGCCAAUCAAGAUCUGCGGCGACCUGCACGGGCAGUACUUUGACCUGCUGCGCCUCUUUGAGUACGGCGGCUUCCCUCCCGACUCAAACUACCUCUUUUUGGGUGACUACGUGGACCGCGGGAAGCAGUCGCUCGAGACCAUCUGCCUGCUGCUCGCGUACAAGAUCAAGUACCCGGAAAACUUCUUCCUGCUGCGCGGCAACCACGAGUGCGCCUCGAUCAACCGCAUCUAC